AUGACAACAGGUUGUGACAGUCAAGAUCUCAAACCACUAUUUAAACUUUCUGACAAAUCCAGGGAUCUAGUGAGAUGGGUUGUCAGUUGCACCCCAAAAGCCUUCAAAUCUUGCCUGAAGCAUUCACAAAUUCUAUUGGGAUGGAUAAGUUGUAAAAUAAGAGAAUUUUACGGCCUAAAACGUUGCUACAAUUGUCAGGACUUCGGUCAUACAAACAGAGACUGUAAACUCACCAACAACAAAAAUAAGCAAAUACGAUGUCUGCAAAUCAAUCUACAAAAGGCACAAUCAGCAUCAGCACAAAGUGUUGAAUUUGCACUCACUCAAGCUACACAGCUACUAUUACAAGAACCAUACACCAAAAACGGAAAAUUAUCUGGUUUUCCACGUACAUGGAAUAUUAUACAAAAAGAAGACGUAAUACAACCACCCCGAGCUGCAAUAAUAUGCUGUAAUCAAAAUUGGACACCGUACAUAAUAGCUGCAGAACGAGAUCAAGUGGCAAUUCUUCUCGAAAUAGAAAAUAUUUCAAUAAUUUUCAUUUCUAUUUAUUCAAGCCCUACAGAAGACCUCACAGCAACAUUUGCUUUUCUAGAAAAGAUUUUCAAUUCAACAAAUAUUCAUCAUCAAAUUAUAUGCGGGGAUUUUAAUGCACAUAAUAUUACCUGGGGAUAUGCAUCAACAAAUCCAAAAGGUCGAAAUUUAGAAGAUUUUAUCUCAUCUAAAAAUCUAUUCAUACACAAUACAAUAGAUGCUCCACCUACUUUUGAUAAUAGUUAUGCAAUAGGAUGGCCGGACCUCACUCUCACUACACCACAAAUGGCCCCUCUCAUCCAAAACUGGGCAGUAGAAGAAGAACAAAGCUUAUCUGAUCAUAAAUUUAUUACAUUUCAACUUGAAGAGAGCACAUCUGUUCCAGUAAUAAAACGAUACACUCUGCCAAAAAAACAAAAUUCCAAUACUCUCUAA